CAAGUUGUCUUGUGGCGUGUGUAUAUGAUUGAUGGUACGCCCUUAAUUAUGGUCACUGAUUAGUAUAUCAAGCUCGUGUCACUACCGCAUGUGCUGUCCAGCCGGCUGACUGCGUCAGUCCCACAAUGUGUCGUCCUGCAAAUCCGCAAGCGCUCAUGAUGACCUGAAGAGGUACUUAAACCCUCGUACACCAGCAGAAGGCGAAUCAUCCAAGAAACCUCAAGCCUUUAAUCACUCCCAAUCAUGAAACUUGUCUUGACAGGUGUAACUGGUGCUGCUGGCAUCCAGAUCUUUCGUCAAGCAGUAUUAGAUGCAGCCAUCACAAAGAUCACGGUACUCUCUCGGCGAGCCCUCCCAUCAUGGAUGGAUAUCCCAGAAAAUGACAAGACAGAAGUCGUAGUUCUGAAGGACUUCUUGGACUACCCUGGAGAUCUCCCUGCUCGUCUGGCUGAGCAUGACGCGUGCGUUUGGGCACUGGGGAAAAGUUCAAUCGGCCUAUCAGAUGAGGAGUACACUCGAAUCACAUACGACAACACUAUGCAUUUCGUGAACUCCCUGCAAGAAGCAGGGACGAAGGACAGGACGGGAGAGCCGUUCAGAUUCGUUUUCAUUUCAGGAGAGGGCGCAGAUCCGUCUGGCAAGAGCAACGUCAAGUUCGCGAGAAUCAAGGGCAUGACUGAAAAAGCUCUUUGGGAUCUCCCUCCGUCUUCAAACAUCAAAGCUUCAACCAUGCGACCUGCUUACUUCUUCCCCUCCAAAGAUCACCCGUCAGACCGAGAGAACAUUCGUUCUCCGGCAGCAAGGGCUAUAGAUUGUCUUGCAGCUCCCGUUAUGAGGACCAUCCUGCCCUCCAUGUAUACACCAAUUGAGGACCUUGGGCUUUUUGCCAUAGAGGCAGCCAAGGGCCGAUGGUCAGACGAGAAUUUAUUCCCAAACUCAAAAAUAAGGGAGUAUAUCAAGGCGUUACGCGCCCCGGACAUUCAGCAGUGAACGACAUACUGUUAGAAGACCACACAUCAUUUCCUACAUCGCAUAUCAAUACAUGGCUCCUAUAGUACACGGACAAGCAUAAUGAUACACAUCGAGCAC